UUAACACCACCACCUAAGACUGAGCAGAGCACCUCUCAGAGCCCGAGGAAGAGGCUAAAGCAGCCAGCCAGCACUGUAGAAGGGCUCGUGUUUCUUCUAUGAAGUGCUAUUGCUUGCUGUAGCCUAAAGGCUCCUGAAGAGGGAGGGAGCUGGAACUAAAGCUGCCCCCAUAUGCCACAUCCCCCUGUGACCCCACUGAGCAGACAGAAAGAUGGCUGGUGCCCCCCCAGGAAUGGAACUGUGCCCCUAUUGUAGGAAGCCAUUUAAGCGACUGAAGUCCCACUUGCCACACUGUAAGAUGGCAGACACGAAAACUGCUUUUGACUUAGGCAAGGUGGCCUCUCUUGACUUGAAAGCGUCUCAGACCAAGCCAGUUAGGCUCUUGGCCACUGAGAAGAAAAGAGGACAAAGCAAAGAGAAGAUCACAACCCUAGACAAUAGCUCAGAAAGAGAAAGUAAGAAAAAAUCCCUUGACACAAUAGGGAGCAAAGUAGAAAGCAAAUUAAACCCCUUACAAAUGGUGGGUACUGCUGGAUCAGAAAUAGCCAGCAACUUGCCUGCAGAAAAGCCAGGUAAAAAUACAAAGCAGCAAAUUAAACUGACUUCUGAAAAGACACACAGAGAUGAAGGAAUGACAAUAGUUCAGGAAGAGGCCAGAAUGCACAUGAAUGCAGCAGAGGAGAGGACUUCAAAAGCAAAGCAUGCAAAGCAGUUACCCACCAAACAAAAAAGCAGAAGUAAAAAUACUUCUCAUGAUGAGAAUUCAGCACCUGGUGGCAUUUUGGAGCUUUCUCCUUUGAAUAAGGAUGGAAAAUCUGCUUCAAAGUUUCCUUUGAAUGACCCAAUAAGGUCUGCAAAACAGAAACAAAGGAAGGUAGGGUCUUCAGCACAGGAGGUGGCUGGUUCUCUGGAUUUACCCACUUGUGAUCUUGAAAGUAUUCCCAGGGCGGCUCUUGAGGGAGUGAAAAUAGUUAUUGAGAAAAAUCGUGUCACAGUGCUAAGAGAUAGGAAUGAAUCCAAAAUUCAGGGCACUCUGGCAGACAGUGCUACCACAGGUAAUUGUACGACCCAGGGAUGCUAUCUGGAAAUGCGGACUCCAGACUGCUCUGAAAACCAUGCAGACACAGUCCAGUCUGACCACCGGAAGAAUGUGAACAUUACGGGAGCCAUGAACACAAAUGCUUUUAGCCUGGAGGUUGCAGAAAGUAAUACCUUGAGUGGAGAGCGAGAAAAAGGCAAUCGUUUAACUGCAACUGGAAUGCACGAAUUCAGCGAUCCUGGGAAGGCUGACUGCAGAAAGAGCCCUUGUGGCCUCGUUCCGCUGGACAGAGAGGCUAAAAGGGAGACAGAAGAGAAGCAGUUUUACUUAAAUGGUGAUGUGAAUUCUAAGGCCUCUUUCUCUGCUUCUCUCUCUGAGAAGCCCCACCAGUCAGUGAGAGAGACGCUCAGAGGAGCCAGUGAAGGAAUAGCCAGAAACUACCUAUCCUGUGCGCAACAGCUUCUGGUGGAUGAAAAGCAGAUUGCCUUACUUUCUGAGUCCGUUCUGAAUACAGGGAGAAGAGACAGAGAACUGGCUUGGAAACAACACUUGUGCUACACCUCUGAAAACCAGCCUCCUUGUCUGUUCCAAUCUUCUGGCAGGAACGUACAGGCGAGAUCCAUUGGACUGGAGUGGUUUCCACAAUUGUAUCCUAAUUAUCAGAGGCUGAGCAUGUUUCCAGGGAGACCUCUCCAGGGGGAUGUGGAGAUCAGGAUGAAGAAGAUAGGGCCUGGUUUCUUGGAAGGACUGCAAGCUCCCCUCGUGGAAAGACGUCUGAUGGAUGUAAAGCUCAGGGAGCUGCCUGCCUGGCUCGCGGCUUGUGAUUUCUCUCCAAAGGGACUGUUCGGAGCAGUGCAGAAAGCCUGGAGCAGUUACUACAACAAAUACAUAGACGUAAAGAAGGGUGGAGCUGCUGGGAUCUCCAUGCUGUUGGCUGGAUAUUGCAUCCUCAGCUAUGGCUGGAGAUAUGAGCAUCUGAAACAAGAUCGCUGUCGCAGGUAUCACUGAGGAAGGCACAAGGGCAUUCAAGGACCAGAGACAGAAAAUACUGGACUGCUGCAUGAGAAUCAGGCAUGGAUCGUACGAGCUGCAUUCAAACACAACACAAGGGAUUGCAGGACAGCUCUCUCAUCUGUUAUCUACUACAUUAAUUUAUUGCUAAAGGGUAUGCCUUUUAUUUACCCUCCCAUAUCAUGUACUAUUAGCCAGAGGGGGUAGGGGCACAUUCUGCAUAGACUGACAGUUUCCUUAGAGCACUAGCAGGAAAUUUGAGUUGAUGGUUAGUAUCUAAGCAGCAAGAACUGGAUUAUAGGGCAGAAACUGGAGGAUCAAACCCCAAUAUCUACUGCUUUUAGCCCAUAUCAAACCUGAAUCUGGUUCUGUAUGUUCCAGGCCCAUGAGAACGACUCAUGGGGGAUGGGGGGGACUACAGGCUCUUGCUUCCCAGAUGUUUUAAAUUUGAAUUGCAGGUUCUGGUUUGAAUAUUUGGCAGAGGGUCCCGGCCAAUAAGAGGAAGAGCAGUAGUUUGGAGGGACUAGCUGCUCCCAUCCCCCAACUCAAUUGUAAAGCUAGGAUGGUUCCAGGGGCCUGUUAUGGCUGCUUGGAGGGAAGUAUUAUAACCCCUGGUCACAGUC